UGGAAGACAACCACUGGAGUCUGGACGCUAUUAAAAAGAUAGGAAAAUCAGAAACAAAGAAGGAAAAAAUGGAGACUUCGUUGAGAUACAGUGGAGAUUCCAAAGCUCUAAGAGUCCACGCCAAGGAGAAGUUCCCCAUCGACUCCAAAACCUAUUUGCAGGUUCAAGGCGAGCUGGACACAAAAACUGGAGUCCCCAAUAACUUUUGUGCAAUGAUGAGGCACUUCUAUGCUGAUUUGUCUACAAGCCUUGGUGUAGGAUUGCGCUAUGAUAGGCGUGAAAAGGUGCGGUACACGCUGCGAGGGAAAAAAUCUUUUCUGGUAACCAACGAUGAUUCGGUGAAUUUCGUUGUCAAGGGAAGAUAUGAUGUUGAUCAAGAAUUCAAGGGGAGGAAGUCGGAAGGAGCUGCUGAAUUUACUUAUAAAAUAUUGAAUUUCCGGAGAGACCAAGAUGUUAGACUCAAAGUUGGUUAUGAAGUACUUGAGAAGGUUCCAUAUCUGCAGAUUAGGGAAAAUAAUUGGACCCUCAAUGCUGACAUGAAUGGUAGAUGGAAUGUAAGAUUUGAUUUGUGAGAAUGCACGAGAUCUACCACAUGUAGUGGUGAGAUGUGUAAUGCGAGUUUGAAUGUGCAAUAGACAUGUGUAACGAUCAUUUCGAUUUGGGUGGAAGCAGACAUUGCCCUGUUGAGGCUUAUUAGUAGAAAGAAACCCACUAAUAUCAUGGAUGGGUCUUUAAUUAUUUUCUUUUUAAA